UAUUAUUUUUUUUACUGUAAGGCCUCUAUGGUUUUAUUUUAUGUUUUAAACGAAAAGGAAUGGCGAUACUAUUGUUAAUUUUUUUUAAAGAAAUAAAAUUGUCAAACAUAAAUAUUUAAAAGAAUGUGGUAGCUAGUGGGAAUUUCCUAAGUAGAAUUAUGUAUACCUUAUAGUUAUAGUUUGUUAUAAGCUAAACGAAUUUUCCUUCCUGGACCUUGUGCUAAUAAUAGGUCGCCCAUGUUGGUAAUAUACUUUGUAAAAUGUCCUCCAGAGUGUAAGGUUCAGUCACACUGGUGGUCACUCGAAUCUCUCAACUUAACGCCCUCUACAGAAUAAAAAUAGCAAGAUGGCUGCUCCCAUGGUUCGCAAUUGUGCUGCAAAAUUUGUUGGAAAUUUUGGUGUAUAUUACAACAGUUUCCGUCAACUCUCUAAUUUAAAUCACCCACCUGGCCAUUUGUGGAGCACAGAAUUCUGGGACAGCUUUUACGAAAGGAAAUUGAAAUCGAAAGAAACUUCGUUUGAUUGGUUCCUCACGUUCGAGUCAUUGCAGGGUCACAUUUUACCGAUUUUAAAUGGUCCUACCAGUCUACCACCAAUCAGGGUGCUUGAUAUCGGAUGCGGCACAUCGGACUUUGCUUUAAAACUUUACCGGUCUUCCUCGCCACCAGUUCACCAGAUAACCUGUAUUGACAUCUCCGAAGUAGCCAUCAACCAGAUGUCUUCAAUGCAUCGUCAGCUCAAACCACGUGAUACGAAAUCACCAGGUGUUUGCUACAAUACUGGAGACAUUAAGAAUCUUGAUUUUGAUAGCGAUACUUUUGAUAUGAUCUUAGAUAAAGGCACGACUGAUGCAAUCAUUAGGAGCCCUCGAGGGACUGAAAUAUUUGGUGGGAUAUUCAAAGAAUGUACACGACUCUUAAAAGACGAUAGGACAUGGGUGCAAGUUUCUGAUGCCCCACCAGAGGACCGGCUUGAUCUUUUAGAACGAUCAAAGAUGUCCAGCUCAGAAUAUAAAGACCCGUUACUACUUAUCUCCUACAAGGAUUUGGGCGUGCACUUCGGUGUUGAAUAUUUUAUGUAUUUGAUUUAUAAGAGGGGUAAGGUUAUCUGAAGAUAAGAUAUAACAUUUCCGACUGUCCAGAUUCAACAGUAUAUUACGAAAAAGUUAUUAUCUAGUCUUAUGCACCGCCCGCUUAUGGGGGCUUAUCCCCAGUUUCUUUAGUUUGAAGCAGAUGAGAGUUGUACUCCCCCUGGACGGGACACUAGUCCAUCGCAGUUUAGUCCCCAGUAGAUUGCUGGUACCCAUGGAUUGAUGCAGCUGGGUGGACUGAAGCAAUGUAGCUAAAGUGCCUUGCCAAAGGACACAAGCGAAUCUGCACUGCGGAGACUCGAAACCCCGACCUUACGAUUGGCUGAACCUCAACCGCUGCGCCAAACAGCCGCUACUGAUUUGUACAUUACAACCAUUUAUUUGUGUUACUGAAUAAAUACAACAGGGUUAUCUAAUAA